AGUCGGGAGUGCUCCGCGGAGAAGAUGGAAAGUGCCAUCAUCGAUAUAAACUUGUCCCUGCCCAGGGGCGUCCGGGGCGGGGCCCGGGGAAAAGCGGAGCCGGUGUACGCCCCCACCGCGGAGGCUUGCGUUCGCGCCUGCUGCUCGGGGGAAAAGUUGUCAGGAGACAAGGAGUGUAACUUGAUGAUUUUUGAUCCUCGAAGGGCAAGUGCGCAUCCAAGCUGCUACCUGUUUUACUGCCCUAGCACAGAGGCCUGUCCAAUGAAACCCGCAACAGGGUUUGUGAGCUACAAGAUAACUAGAGACACCUAUACUCUGGAGGAUACAUCUUUCAAAAGUAAGGACUUUUCUUCAAAUGGGUAUUCUUUGUCUUUGGAUGCUGGAGCCUUUAUUUCUGGCACUCAGACUAGCCAUCGGAAUCGUACCGCAGCAUUGCAACAAUCUGAUCUUCGUCAAGCAUCUGAACUCCUGAACCAUGUGGCCAAGCAUUUAGACAACAGUGAAUUUCAUACUGUUUUUCCUGAAUCUCAAAGGGCAGAACAUCCUGAGAUCUUAGACCCCAUCCCGAGGCAGAAAGUAAUUAACUUGCAGUCAAAUACAUCUUCUGCUGUUCAAAUUGGAAACCCCUCUCCUUCUUUCCCCACCACUCAGUCUAGUGUUCCUGCACCCAGCAGUACUACUUUUACUCCUCUGCCUACAACUACCACCAGACUGGAAUCUCGUACAACCUCUCUGCCUACUGGUGGUGCUAAACCUACUGCUGCCACCACCACAGCCACCUUUCCACCCACUGCAAACACUAGAGCUAAACCCGGUAUCCCUGCCGCCACCACUGCUGUUCCUCAGGUUCCUCUUUACAGUCCCACAACUUCUGCUUCUACUUCAACAACCAAGCAGGUAACCACAAAUUACAGAUCUGCUACUCCCCCAUCAGGGCUAAGAACUCCAGCCAUGCCUCUGGAGCCAAGAGUUGUCUCUUCCAACGAUACCAGCCAUGUUACCCUCCUCUCUUUUUCAGGUUUCAAUCUGUCUACUACUGAUUCCCCGGCAGCUUCCCAAAAUGAUCCUCAGGGUUAUGACCCAUCUGAUUCAGAAAGCUACCUGCCAGAGAGUGUUCUGAGAGGGAAAGGUGUCGCUCAGAUGGGAGAAAAAAGCAGCCUUGUAGUGGCUUUGCUUUUUGGGGUGAUAUUCUUGUUACUAGUUAUUGCACUGACGGGGAAGAAAAUACACGAAUCUCUUCAGAAGAGACAUUAUACCAGGCUGGAUUACUUGAUCAAUGGAAUGUAUGCUGAUGUAUGA